AUGGCGGAGGAAGAUGCAGAAAUAGCUCUUUUACAUCAAUUGCAGGCAGGACAAGAGAAUAGUAACUGGGGAGAUGUAGGCACGAUUGGGACCGUCCAGUGCGAGUAUCCAAAUUCUGAGCUAAACAACCAACAAGUUUUAAGAGAAUCUGUUUCAGUUGAUCAAGUUCUUUGUGCUAUAUCUCCCAGGAAUGCUGAAUACGAUGAUGAUGAUGAUGGCGAAUAUGAUCCAUCUUCUAUCUCUCCGCUUCCAGCGAUUGCGGUGGCAGAAUUAGAGGCAUCCAGGUCUAGUUCACGAGCUUCAACUCGAAAACCAAAGACCGUUGGAGGCUUUCUUGCAGACGACUCAGAUGAAGAGUGCGAUGUUCCGCCUCUAGAUGUUUCCUCCACUGGUCUUCAGCCCUUGGCUGGUAAUACUCUUAACCAAGCAAUAUCUCCGUCCCCGCUUCAAAAUUCCAUUUCCCAACAGGAAUUGAAAAAAUCACCAGAGAAUCAAGCUGAUUCCACAGUGGACAAACCAUCUAUUCCUGUGAACCCAAGUACUAUUGGAAACUUUCCUGCGCACGAAAUUGGUAUACUUACAUCUACAGUCCCUCCAGCAGGUGUCACAUUUCCAAAAGCCCGUCUCCCAAACGAUAGAACUGGUAUUCUUGAAGAUAGAAUAAAGGAAGAUACUCGAGGAGACCUAGAUGCUUGGCUUGAAUUGAUCAAGGAACAUCGAAGUCGUAAUAAACUCGAUGAAGCUAGAUCAGUCUACGAAAGGUUCUUUAAGGUCUUCCCACAAGCUGCCGGGAUUUGGGUCGCAUACAUAGAAAUGGAACUUGAAAACGAUAACUUUACUGCGGCCGAAAACAUAUUUGGCCGGUCUCUACUAACUGUCCCCAACGUCGCACUAUGGUCUGUCUACUUGAACUACAUUCGAAGACGAAACGAUCUUAUGAACGAUACGACGGGUAGUGCUAGAGCUACAGUAACUCAGUCCUAUGAUUUUGUAUUGGCUAAUAUAGGGAUUGACAAAGAUUCUGGUAAGAUUUGGCAUGAAUAUAUACAGUUUAUAAGAAGCGCUCCAGGAACAAUUGGUGGAAACUCUUGGCAGGACCAGCAAAAAAUGGACCAACUACGAAAGGCAUACCAACGAGCCAUAAAUGUACCCAUGUCUACCUUGAAUGCUCUAUGGAAGGAGUAUGAUCAGUUUGAAAUGAGUCUGAAUAAGAUAACGGGCCGCAAAUUUUUACAGGAGAAGUCACCAAGUUACAUGUCUGCAAGAAGCGCCAACACCACUUUAGAAAAUCUCACCCGAGGUCUUGUAAGGACAACCUUGCCGCAAUUACCGCCUGCACCUGGUUUUGAAGGAGAUCAGGAGUAUCUAAGACAAGUGGAACUAUGGCAAAAAUGGAUAACAUGGGAACAAGAGGAUCCUUUAGUUCUGAAAGAUGACGAACCAGAUACUUACAAGCAACGUGUACUUUACGUCUACAAGCAAGCCGUCAUGUCAUUGCGCUUCUGGCCAGAGAUUUUUGUCGAUGCGGCCGACUGGUGUUUCGGAAAUGGUCUGGACAAAGAAGGUGACGCAUUUCUGAGCAGUGGACAAACUGCGAACCCAGAAAGUUGUUUGAUUACUUUUAAGAAGGCUGAUCGUCUUGAAUUGACUCUCACGAUAGAUGAGGCAGAUAAAAGUCCUGCCGAACGAGGUGCAACUGUCCGUGCUCCCUACGACCAGCUUUUUAAUACGCUAUACGACAUGAUAAAACACCUUAAAGCGCGUGAAGCUCGUGACUUGGCUAAACUAGAAGAAUCGAGUGCGUUAGAUGCGUCAAUCAGCGCAAUAAUUAGCAAGGCAGAAGACGAUGAUGAGGAGCCUGAUUCUGAUAAACAAGCUAGAGAGGUAUCCAAGGAUAUUCAAAUUAAAGCUAUACAACAUGGCUAUUCAAUACAAGCAGAUAUACUCUCAAGAACUAUUUCUGUUGCUUGGAUAGCCCUUAUGCGAGCUAUGCGUCGUGUUCAAGGUAAAGGCAAUAACAAAGAUUCUAAUGGUGGAUCCAGAAAAAUUUUCUCUGACGCUCGACAAAGAGGCAAACUUACUAGCGAUGUAUAUGUUGCGGCUGCUCUAAUUGAACAUCAUGUGUAUAAAGACCCUGCCGGUACAAAAAUUUUUGAACGAGGGGCGAAGCUUUUUCCAGAAGAUGCAGACUUUACUCUUGAAUAUUUAAAGCAUUUACUCUCAAUCGGAGAUACCACAAAUGCUAGAGUCACUUUUGAAACGGUCGUUAGUAGAUUAACACAGCGGCCAGAGCUCGUACCCAAGGCCAAACGCUUGUAUUCGUACUUUCACAAAUAUGAAUCUCAGUAUGGUGAACUUUCCCAAAUCAGUAAACUGGAGCAACGAAUGGCAGAGCUCUUUCCAGAAGACCCUAAACUUGCAAGAUUUGCAUCGCGUUAUAGCGGCGAUAGCUUUGAUCCCACUGCGGUACGUUUAAUUGUCUCUCCAGCAACGCAAAUGAAACCAAAGGCCCUGAUGCAAUCAAUUGAGCAACCGAGCACAGUACGCGAUAGUCCCAUGCCUCAAUACAACCAUCAGCCUAGCCCAAGGCCACAGUAUGUGCAAGCCACCAGUUCGCCAAAACGAAUAUUCCCCAUAGAGGAAUGUGACUCUGAUCUCAAUCGACCUCGAAAGCUGGCCCGUGGCGAAUCUCCUCUCAAAGGAGCUGCAGGAAGACGUCUAGAUCAGCAAAGAAGACUCCAACAAACUCAGGGUGCACCGGCCUGGCAAUCAAACUCAUCCGCUACAAUAAUUCCUCGGGAUGUCAAUAUUCUUCUCAGUCUUAUCCCACGUGCUGAGCAUUAUACAUCUACGAGAUUCAGUCCUUCAGCCAUGGUCCGACUACUCCGAGAGACGAUUGUUCCUGACUAUAACACAUGGAAAACCGCCAGAGAAGAGUCUCUGCCGCCACCACUUGCCCAACGGUUUCUCGGGAACAGACAAAUGCUCUCACAGCCACAAACUCAACCCCCGCGACCAAAUGGUUAUUCCGCUUACACUGCUCCUCCUACACAAACAGGUGCAUGGUCCCAACCACCGCCUCAAUCUCAACCUUCAGUGCUUCAAAUUUAUCCUGGACAAGCCCCCCAAGCCGAUUAUGGUUCGUAUACAGGACCCCCUCAGGAUAUUAUGGGCGAUGAGGUAAUUCAUAAAAUUUAG